ACCAAUAUUGAAGGGAGAACGCUUUCGUCCCCGCCAUGGCUGAGCUAAUCCAGAAGAAGCUACAGGGAGAAGUGGAGAAAUAUCAACAGCUACAGAAGGACUUGAGUAAAUCCAUGUCAGGGAGGCAGAAACUAGAGGCACAACUAACAGAAAAUAAUAUCGUGAAAGAGGAACUGGCCCUGCUGGAUGGAUCCAAUAUGGUCUUUAAACUUCUGGGUCCCGUGCUGGUCAAACAGGAGCUGGGGGAAGCUCGGGCCACAGUGGGGAAAAGGCUGGACUACAUCACGGCUGAGAUUAAGCGAUACGAAUCCCAGCUCCGGGACCUAGAGCGACAGUCAGAGCAACAGAGAGAGACCCUUGCUCAGCUGCAGCAGGAGUUCCAGCGGGCCCAGGCAGCAAAAGCAGGGGCUCCUGGGAAGGUCUGACCCUGUCCUGGCGGGGGUGGGGGGGAGGGGAGGAAAUG